AUCAUAAUGAAUGUGACUAAAACACAAAAGACAGAGCUCUCGCUUAACGUCCAUUCUAAUAUCCAAGUUGACGUUUCUGGAAUACUGACGAUAAUUCUGGAGGCGAUGACUUUCCUCUGUAAUAUCUUGCCGGCUUGCGCUGUUUUCCAGCCAAACUUUUCUCGCGAGCGCACCAUCACAGAUUGCUUCAUCGGUGCACUCGCUUUGAACGAUCUUGUGUCGGUCGCUGUUCCACUAUCCGUAGGGAUUCCCACGCUCUGGAGGAAGAAAUGGGUCGGUUCUCGACUUAGCUGCGAGUUGUACCAAGCAAGCACCGUGUGGUUUCAGUUGAACGCGAUGAUGUUAGUGACGGCGAUGUCAUGUGAUCGCUUUUUCAGCCUCAAACCGUUGGCUUAUCAAAGAGAUGAUAAAAAGAAGCGUUCCCGGUUGUUUAUUCUUAUCUGUAGUAUAAGUGGCGGGGCUCUCCUGAUCUCAUUGCUUCCCAUCUUGGGCUUGGGAAACACCGGAGUUCGUAAGUCCGGGUUAUUAACUUAUUGCCCCUGCAUACUCAUCAUCAAGCCGACCAGCACGAAAGAGAAUAUUUUCCCUGUAGUUCUUCUACUCCUGGGCUACUCUACUUUUAUCAGCGUAUCUUUUUGUAACUUUACCGUGUUAAGACUGCUUUCGAGUUUCAAGACGAGGUGGAAGCGACGGGAGCUUAUUGCUGGUCGAGCAAGACAAGACCGCCGUGAUGUGGCCGCUUGCGCUAAACUUGUCGGCGUGCUGGCCCUUCUAUUUUACUUGACGUGGACUCCCGCGAUGGUUCUAUUAACACUGAAUCAAACAAGAAGAGAAGUGAACGAGAUCACGGCCGUGUAUGCAUUCACCAGCCUGACCAUCAACUCACUGGCGCACCCUCUCGUCUACGGCAUAUUUAGCGCCCAGUUUAGACAGCGCUAUCAGCAGCUUGUAUCCCCACUUCUCAGGUUACAGCAGCGAUGUUGGUUUUCCGCCAAAAGAGCCGGUUCCUCUUGUUGUUCAGCUUCAGGCGCCAGUGCGAGGAUGAAGAAAGCGAGACUUCGACUACGAGCGCGCAUGCGUGAAACAGCCAUCUAAUCCUACCGCUGCCCAAAGACCUCCUUAUGUCAGAAGCAGUGGAAACUGAGACUUACCAAUUGUUGUUAUUUGUUUUGAGUGUUCUCCUUUAGGGGAGCUUUGAGAUGCCGUGAAUAUUAACGCCGACCUCUGGUCGUAGCGUCACGUUGACCACCCUUAGUAGCCUUCGCUGCUGAAGGUUGCUUUGAAUAAAAAAAACUACUU